UCGCGUUUCCGUGUUUCUUUCACUUGUCGCGUCGUACCUUGUUAUGUCCGAUACCGCCGCGUGAUCUAAAACACGCAUCGAUAUAAUCGUGAAUAACUUCACUCGUGGACGUCGUAGCGACUUGAAACAAAGAUCGUCGGAAAGGGGAAAUUACCGCGCUUCCGAUAAAAGUGAAAUCAUCCUUCUGUGGGAUAAAGAUCAAAUGGCGCAGUCAUAUCUCAUGUUAGAUCUCAUCGACUUUUACCUAUUGCUGUCGAGUUGGAACACUUGAGGACGUGGAGUUUACAUGACACUCUCACUCACUCGAUCCGAUCCUGAAUGAGCUCAUGUAUGUAUGUCAUUACGUUUUACACGUAAACGUGACUCGUAGUGGGGCAGGAGCAGCCAGGCGAGCGUUCCUCAAGCGUCUCUUCGUGGUCGCACGGUCUUCAGUCCUGCCUCCUGUUGAUCGUCGAACGGACGUCUCCAUUGAUCGCGCUAUCGAUAUCUCAAACUCAUUCUGCUCACUGUGGAACCUCAAGAGUGCUGCACGAUGUUUUCCACGGUGCUGCCAUUUCUGUUAGCGAUUAGCGGGAUUUCGGCGCAAUGUCUUACGGGCAACGACAGUCCCGCGGCGAUGAAUCCGGUCUCGAAAAUGUCGUUGAUCGAUGCACGCUUCAAUUUCGCCCUUCAAGCUCUGAAGAAAACCGUGCAGAUCCAAACGCAGGAAAACAUUUUCUUCAGCCCACACGGUUUGCACGAGGCGAUCAGUCUGGCUUACUUCGGGUCUCGCGGCAUCACCGAGGACAACCUGAAGCGCGCCCUGCGAAUCCCUGACGACCUGUCCAAGGUCGAUGUGCAGCGUUAUUAUGCUUUUGAGAACUCCCUCAACGAGAUGCGCGACGUUCAGAAGAAUACGUCCGACAGUUACGAGUACAGCACAGCGAACAGACUGUGGGUAGCGGAUGACAAGAAGCUACGCGAAUGCAUGCUUGAUUUCUUCGGCGAGCAGCUGCAGAAGACAGACUUCCAUACGAAUCCUCAGGCGGCGCGGAUACAUAUCAACAACUGGGUCAGCAAUAUGACGAAAGGUCAAAUCCGCGACCUCUUAGACCCGUCCACCAUCGACAGCAGCACAGAUCUUGUCUUGGUAAAUGCUGUCUACUUCAAGGGUCUGUGGACGAAUCGGUUCGAUCCCAAAAACUCCAAGCGAGAUAUCUUCUACGCCUCUGGCUCGCAGAAUUCUGUCACCAAAUUCAUGCGUCAGAAAGGAAACUUUAAUCACGUGGUUUCCGAGGACCUAGGCGCUUACAUCUUGGAGCUGCCAUACAAGGGCAAUGAGAUCUCCAUGUUCGUGUUGUUACCGCCGUUCUCUACCGCGCGUUCUUACCAGAGUCCCGACAGUCAGUCCCAGGACGGUAUUCGCCAGCUAGUGGAGCGACUGGCGACGGAGAGAGGAUCGCGAGAGCUGCGUGAACUCCUCGACGACGGAAUGCCUCUUCGGGAAGUUCAGAUUAGCUUCCCACGAUUUACGAUCGAGCGGAAUCUCCCCAUCAGUAGUCUUCUGGCUGAACUGGGUGCUGGAGAACUUAUGACACUGUCUGCCGAUCUGCGUGGAUUUGUCGCCGACGGUGAACCCAGUCUGCAUCUCGGCGAUGCUGUGCAUCGCGCCAGAAUCGAGGUCACGGAAGAAGGCACAACGGCUGCCGCGGCGACUGCUCUCCUCAGCUUCCGAUCGAGUCGACCGACUGAGCCCGCAAUUUUCAAUGCCAACCAUCCAUUCGUCUAUUUGAUAUACGACAAGUCCAAUCACAACAUCCUCUUCACCGGCGUCUUUCGCAUACCCCCCGAGGCCCAGCCCGCCACUGUUUAGUGCGGUAGAUCCUCUAGAUAAUGGCGAUUCCCGCUGGAAAAUGGUGACUCGAGGAGGAGCCGAUGAGACUUCGCGGUAGUCGUUCAUCGUCGAAUCUUCCUCUUAGCGGCAAUUUCCGGCGACGUCGAGCGAUUGUUGACUCUUGUUAACUCUAGAAUGGUAGCAGAAACAUACGAUUAAGAUAAGGAUGAGUAAUCUUUACUCAUUCCAGUAAUAUCUUAUAAGUAGUGAUAUUUAUCUUAGUGAGUGACGACUUUGCUUCGGUUAUUAAAGGCUUACAGUAUGAGUAAAAUUACUCGCGCUAUCUUUCUGGAGUUAAUGACGCUCGGAAGUAACGUCGGUCUUUUUUGGAUGGACCGGAUUUUGUGGAGGACUGCCUCUUAUAAUGAUUGUGCGAAUUUCCAAAGGAUCGCAGAGAUGAGGACAUCCCGGAGAUCGUUGGCGAUCUUCGGGAGGAGUUGCAUGAAUUUCAUUUAUUUAUUCUUGUAUUUAAUAUGGACACUAUGUGCCUUGAAGCGUCUUGUGUAAUUAUGCGAUGACGAGCGAUCAUGAGAUCAAGUGGUAUAAAGCUUGUGACGUGAAGUCUCGAUGAGAAAUGAAUAAUUGACCUCGACAAGACUCGACCUUGCAAUUCACGACUAAAGCGAAUUCUUCGCGACUUAAAUUUUUUCCUUAAGUUAAAUAGUUGUACACAUAUGAUCGGCGCAUACUAAGAAUCUAGCGUGAAGAUUUACGUUAUAAGAAAGAAAGUAAAAGAUAUGUACCGUUAGACACAAUUAAAUGUUUCGACGCGUAUCCUAUCUUUCUUAAACUUUCCUCACGUUGAUUAAACGACGUUAAUUUAUUUUUUUAGUAACACAUUAACUAGAACCGUCUAACUCUCUUUGAAGAGAUAACAAAAAUGGACAAUUCCUAAAUUCCUUUAUUGAUUUUAAAAACAAUAAUCAAAAAAUAUUUUCCAGCUCAUCUAAAUAUUUUAAUUUAAAUUUAUUUUUAUAGAGAAACGAAUACCUUCUUUUUGACAUAGCAAAGAAGAUAUUUCUUUUGGUUACAAAUUGUUUUGCUAGCAAUAAUAGCAUAAUGGCAUAUUAAAUAUUUUAUAGAUACAGUAAAAAUUAAAAAUUUAGUAGACGAGUUUAGAUGCAACAAGUGAUUUUCAAGAAUUAUUUCAAGUUUAACACGUAAAUUUUCAUUGCAUUAUUAUUGAAAAUUUCACGAAAUCGGGAUGCGUUGAUAAUAUUAUAUUGUUUACAAAUUACAAAUACUGAUGUGCUGUUUUUUGAUAAAACAAAAUUGAAUUUACAAAAUCCGGAUCGUUCGAGUACAAUCAACACGAUCGAUCGCAACUUUAUCAACAGUGCAUGCUUGCGGGAUCACGUCUGAAUGCGGCGCGUGAAUUACUGUAAAAAGAACAUGUUUUUCAUCCAUAUCCAUCAAACAGAACAUUCGUAUAUAUAGAUCAACCUAAUAAUUGUCUAGAGUUAGCAAGCUAAUGCAACGUAUAAGAAACUCAUUACCGCAUUAUCGAUCGAUUUCUCGAGAGUUUCUUGCGAUCGGUAGCUCGCGCCUCUUCUGGUUGGAUUGGUAAGCGAACAGCUCCAGUCUGCAGACCCAUUCACUGAGCCUGACGUCACCGGGGCCCGCUGUUGCUUCGUAGAUUCGUGCGCGUUCUACGGGAUGAUUCAAAAGCGCUCCUCGAAAAUUUGCCGGAGUAUAUCUGAGAAUAAAAGAAAAAAGAAUAUAAGAAUUCUUAACAAACGUUUGAAUUACUUAGAUAUAGUCGCUUCAAGGUGCAGCGUGGAUUAUAUAACGCAAUUUUAAAGUAGAACAGACUGUCAGUAUAAAUGUGAAGAGACUAUGUACGCGCUUGCGAUUCGCGCGAGAAGACAAGAUCGCUAAUACGUUUUUUCGGUCGCGAAGAGAUUGAUCGACCUGCAGAUUUUCCGAUGCCACCUUUGAGUCGCUCUGUAUUCGUGUGCCUGUUCGCUGCGUGCGUGUGUGUGUGUUUUGCGGCUUCGUGUAUCAGCGACCGUUAGCCGGUAGCAUCCGCAAAACACGAGCACGCCAGGAUCUGCUGCAGCCAUCGGCAUUCGAUUGCGUCACGUGGAACGCACGUACACGCACGCACACAAGUGCGCAUGUACGGCAUACCAGGAGUGAAUCCUGGUUCGCGCCACGAGUCCUUGACGCGGGUGAUGAUGAUGAUGAGGAUGACGCCGAGAGAGAUGAGCGAAAUCGAGAUCCGUGAGAGACUCGAUCGCUCGCUCGCUCGCACUUCCUCGAAGGAGUGUCAUAACGUCUCUCGCUCGUCUUCCUUGAACCCUUCAUCUCGAAUCACUACUGUAAUGUCUCGCAACCCUCGAUAUAUUCAUGUGUGUGUGUAUAUGAGUGCUCAGAUAGAACAGAAACGAUAAUGUCAAAAUAAUGAGAAAAUGACAGAAUCAUGAUCAAUAAAUGAGUUUUUACAAUCA